AUGGUUUCUGCAUAUAUUUUUAAUGUGAUGGUGUUAUACUGUCAUCUUAAACUUGAACGUACGCUGGAUAUGGAUGAUUUUAAGAUGGAACUCUCAACAUCAUACGGGAAAGUGCUUGUUCUUGAUGGUAUUGUUCAACUGACUGAGAAAGAUGAAUGUGCAUACCAGGAGAUGAUCACUCAUCUUCCCCUUUGUUCGAUUCGAUCUCCCAAAAAUGUUUUGGUUGUUGGUGGUGGUGAUGGUGGUCUUCUUAGGGAAGUUUCUUGUCAUAGUUCUGCAGAGCAGAUACAUUUAUGUGAAAUAGAUCAGAUGGUUAUAGAUGUGUCUAAGAAGUUUUUCCCACAAUUGUCUGUUGGAUUUGAGGAUCCCCAUGUCCGACUUCAUGUUGGUGAUGCUGUAGAAUUUCUCCAUUCAACUCCUGAAGGGAAGUAUGAUGCUAUUAUUGUUGAUUCAUCAGACCCUGUAGGUCCUGCACAAGAGCUUGUUGAGAGGCCUUUUUUCGAGACAAUAGCUAGAGCGUUAAGGCCUGGCGGUGUCCUCUGUAACAUGGCAGAAAGUAUGUGGCUUCAUACACAUCUUAUUCAGGAUAUGAUCUCUAUUUGCCAUGAAACAUUCAAGGGUUCUGUUCUUCGACUUAUAAAAUUGUCAAAAAUGGAUGAAAACCCAAGUGAUUUUUUGAGUCAACUUAAAGACAAAAAACGAGCCUUCGUCUGA